AUUGUCCAACGCUAUUUGCCAUUGUGACAGGUUUUUCUUUCUCUCUUCCUCACAGGCCUUACACACCAGUGACAAGCAAGCAGUUCAAGAUCGCUGCGGUCACGGGGAAGACGGUUAUGGAGAGAGCAAGGCGGCGUGCCCGUGAGGAGGAAGAAGAUGCAGGCUUAUCCUCGUAAGCGUGAGGAAGACGGGGAGGAAAAGAAGGAGGAGGAAUGAUGGCAAAGGAAGACAAAGUAGGAGAGCGGAUGAAGAGGAAUGAAACAAUCAGAGGCAAUGAGGUGAAAAUGAAGGCACGGAUGAGAAAAUGGGAUUCGAGUUGUGCAAAACGUUGGCCUGCGGAUGUGAGAGGGAAAAGAGGAGAAGAGUCAGCCUUCAUCGUGGGAAAACAUGUUGAACACAAUCACAUGCAUUCAAUGAUUUCAGGGGGCAAGGAAGCACCCAACAUGGUAGUACGUGGCCUCUUUGAAGGUGUCAAUGCUCAGCGCACCACAGGCCAUUCUUGGCCCACCCCUCAAUGAAAGUCUUUUUAACCAAUGUGACCUCAGUCAGCUCGAGUGCUCCAAUGUAGCGCCCCUCCUUGGCCCUAUUAAAUGUUAAAAGGAGCCGCCACAAGUGUAACUUUUAAGCAGAGUGAGUGGGUGAAAUUUUGUCUUAAAGGGUGCAUAUGUCCUGGGACUUGAAAAAAAACAUAUACAAAUUAUUUUUCUUUGAUGGUUUUCUUGUUUUACUAUAAUAGACAACACCAAAAGGAAGUUGGUUAUUUCCCUUUUAAGUGGAACCACGUUUGCAAGGAACAUGCAUUUCCGGGAUCAGCAACAGAGGCCUUGCACCCUUGAAAUUUGCCAAAUCUAAUUGGCUGUCGCCAAGUAGCGUGGCGGCCGAAGCCGCAACACAAAUUGGCACGUGAUUGCAGGUGUGCCUAAUGAAGUGGCCCGCCGCGCUUCCCAUUCGUCAAAAACAAAAAAAAAAAAAAAAAACGGAUGAAAAGUCUAAUAACCCCCGAAGUCAUCCCAGCCCGACAAAAGGUGGGCAGGAAGUUGUCCUUUGUUCCCAGUGGGGAGGCGUGUGCGCGCGCACAGGCUCGGAAUAAAAAAAAAAUAAAAUAAAAAAAAAUAAAUAAAAGAGCGAGGCGAAUGAGCUCGCGCGCCCCCGCCUCCGCAUCCUUUGGCUUGCGUGCGCGCGGCCGCCAGUCGAGGCGAGAGGAGGCUACGGAAGAGCGCGCCAAGAGAGUGAAGGCAUGGCCAGAUAGCGCGACAAAAGAGAGAGAGAGAGAGAGAGAGACGCCGAGGAAGAGUGCACCCGCUCCGACUCCCGAGGAGGAGGAAGAAGAAGAAGAAGAAGAAGACGACGAGUCGCCAUCGUGUCUCUUGCGAAGAUGAGGAGGCUCGAGGAGGCGGGAAUCUGAACUCGUCUGCCAUCCGCGAGCCCGCGCUCGAGCCGGCCCGGCCAGAUGGAGGCAAAUGCAGCGGACAAACGCCAUCGAACCAGAUCCAAAGGAAUGCGUGCCGUCGUGGAGGCCGUGACGCAGGAACUCUUCAGCUGUCCGACGGCGGGCUGCGAUGGUUCCGGUCACGUCAGCGGAAAGUACGCGAGACACCGCAGCGUGUACGGAUGCCCGCUGGCCAAGAAGAGGAAGGUGCUCGAAAAGCAGCCGCUGGAGCCGCCCGUCAAACGGAGACCCUUCAGCGGCGACUGCCUGGGCGAGGACGACGAGGAGGGCGACGAGUUAGAGGACAACUUGGAGGACGAAGAUGCCAACUACAACGAGGCCGUCUUAGAGGAAAGGGAGCGAGGGGAAGUCAUGGAGGAGGACGAGGAAGAAGGCAAGAAGGCCGACGAGGAAGAAGAGGAAGAGGAGGAGGAGGAGGAAGAGGAGGAGGAGUUCUCUGAUGACAUGGAGGAGGAAGAAGAGGAGCAGCCCGAAGAGGAUACCGCCACGCCGGUACCAGGAUGCGACCAGGUGGAGGAGCUCAGCCAUCAGCAGGUUGACUACCAACCAAGUGGACAAUCAAAGCUUAUUCCGCUCCAUAAGGAUGAUAACAACAACCACAGCUGCGUCACAGGUUCCGGUCCAGGUUCUGGCCUUUGCCCUGGCUCCGGUCCUGGUCUCAGUCUCGGUCCCGGCCCCUGCGAUGAGUUCGAGAACUAUGACGAGCUAGUGGCUAAGUCCCUGCUCAACCUGGGCAAGAUCGCGGAAGAUGCAGCCUACCAGGCCCUGACAGAGUCAGAGAUGAACAGCAACUCCUCCAACAGCGGCGACGACGACGAGGAGAACGACGAGGAUGAAGACGGCAGCGAGCGCGGCGACAGGAAGGCUGACCUCAGCGUGGACCUGGACAGCGACGUGGUCAGGGAGACGGUGGAUUCGCUCAAGCUGCUGGCGCAGGGACACGGCGCCAUGCUGCCCGACGACGGAUUCCCCGACAUCGGCCUCAACGGGCAGCCCGGCCUCGGCGGCAACGGCGGCCACGCCGAGGGGAGCGAGGAAGAAGUGUGUCUCAGUAGUCUGGAGUGUCUGAGGAAUCAGUGCUUCGACCUGGCCCGCAAACUCAGCGAGACGCACCCGGCCGAUCGCCCGCAGCAACACCACCACCACCACCACCACCAACUGCACAACCACGCCGACCAGCAGGGGGAGCCGCACCUCAACAGGUACGACGCCUGCCAGCCGGUUUGUCAGGACGACGGCGGCCCACCGGAGCGCAGCUUCUCCGACAUGGUGAACCUGCUGAAGCUGGAGGAGCAGCUGAGCCCGGCGUCGCGCGGUUACCCCGCCGGCUGCGGUCAGGAGUGCGACGAGGACACCACGUCGGUGGCCUCGGAGCGGUCCGACGACACCUUCGACAUGGCCAAGGGGAACCUCUCGCUGCUGGAGAAAGCCAUCGCGCUGGAGUCGAAACGCGCCAAAGUCAUGAGGGACCGCCUGGUCCCGGAGCACAAGCACCCCAGACGGGACCACCACCGCCACCAUCGUCAUCACCACCAUCACCAUCACCACCGCGGACACGGGGAGCACAGGACGGCUACGGGCGAGGAGCGCAAGUCCAGGAUGCACCACGACGCAAUGAAGAGGGCCUACUACCCCAAAGAGUCUUCACGGGGGGAGAAGAAGGAAAGCAAGUGCCCGACGCCGGGCUGCGACGGCACGGGUCACGUGACGGGUCUGUACCCACACCACCGCAGCCUGUCCGGCUGUCCUCACAAAGACCGCGUCCCUCCCGAGAUCCUUGCCAUGUAUGAGAAUGUUUUAAAGUGCCCGACCCCCGGCUGCUCCGGACGGGGUCAUGUCAAUAGCAACAGGAACUCGCACCGCAGUCUGUCGGGUUGUCCCAUCGCGGCGGCUGAGAAGAUGGCGAAGGUGCAUGAGAAGAGUCACGUGAUGGACAGCGGCAGCAGCAAGUCCAAUCAGACGUCCGACCGCGUCCUCAGGCCCAUGUGCUUCGUGAAGCAGCUGGAGAUUCCUCAGUAUGGCUACAAGAACAAUGUGCCCACCAGCACGCCGCGCUCCAACCUUGCCAAGGAGCUGGAGAAGUACUCCAAGACCAGCUACGACUACAGCGGGUACGACGGCCAGCACGGGGGCGGCUACGGCAAGAGGGGCGCGCUCGGCAAAUCCCACCACAGCCGGGAUACCUCCCCCAAGGCAUUUGAUGCCAAGCGUUACAGCAAGACGUCAAGCCCGGCCAGCAGCACCACCAGCAGCUACGCUCCCAGCAGCAGCAGCAGCAGCAGCAGCCUGAGCUGCGGCGGGGGCGGCGCUGGCGACCCGGCCGGCGACCUGGGCGGCGGCGGCGGCGGCGGCGGCAGCAGCGCCAGCAGCACCUGCAGCAAAAGCAGCUUCGACUACACGCAUGACAUGGAGGCGGCGCACAUGGCUGCCACCGCCAUCCUCAACCUUUCCACCAGGUGUCGAGAGCUCCCGCACGCCAUGGGAGGAAAAACGCACGGCAUGAUGAUGCAGAGCACAGCGGGUGACCUGGACGAGGAAGACGGCGAUGGUGGCUUGGACGCUGGCGGGCAACCGGGCGGGCCGGAGGGCAGCGGCACGGUGCUGACGCCGCUGCAGCCCAUGUCCCCCCAGCGCCAGGCCCUCCUCAACAGCCACCGCUACCAGCUCAGCCAGGCCGACUGCUGGGACCUCCCGCUGGACUACACCAAGAUCAAACGCGUGGACGAGCACCAGCACAAGGAGGGCGAUGAGCUGGACGCCUUCCACGAGCUGCUGGACGAACAGCACUACCCGGCCGAGGCCAGCGCCGUGCCCAGCCCCAAACACCACAAGUACUCGCCCUGCAAGGAGCCCAAAAAGGAGAGCCUCACGCUGUCCAGUUGCCAGCUGGCCGACAAGAACCUCAGAGGAAUGAUGGCCUCCAACGCGCAAGAGCUCAGGUGUCCCACACCCGGUUGUGACGGAUCGGGACACAUCACGGGAAACUACGCUUCUCACAGGAGCCUCUCCGGUUGUCCUCGCGCCAAGAAGAGCGGCAUCAAAAUCCUCCACAGCAAAGAAGACAAAGACGAGCAGGAGCCCAUCAAGUGUCCAGUGCCAGGCUGUGACGGGCAAGGUCACGUGACAGGCAAGUAUGCCUCCCACCGCAGUGCAUCAGGCUGCCCCCUAGCGGCCAAACGGCAGAAGGACAGCUACGUGAACGGCACCCAGUUGGCCUGGAAGUCGGGCAAGACAGACGGCAUGACGUGUCCCACGCCGGGCUGCGACGGCUCGGGCCACGUCAGCGGAAGCUUCCUGACCCACCGGAGUCUCUCCGGUUGUCCCCGGGCCUCCUCGGCCAUGAAGAAGGCCAGGAUGAGCGGCGCGGAGAUGCUGACAAUCAAGCAGAGAGCCAGCAAAGGCAUCGAAAACGACGAGGAAAUCAAACAGCUGGAUGAAGAAAUCAAAGAUAUCAACGAGUCCAACAAUCAAGUGGAGUCGGAUAUGAUUAAGCUGAGGACGCAAAUCACCACGAUGGAGACCAGCCUGAGGUCCAUGGAGGAGGAGAACAAAGCGAUGGAGCAACAGAACGAUUCGCUGCUGCACGAGCUGGCCAACCUCAGCCAUUCGCUCAUCAACAGCCUGGCCAACAUCCAGCUGCCGCACAUGGAGCCGAUGAACGAGCAGAACUUUGACACGUACGUGAGCACUCUGACGGACAUGUACACCCACCAGGACCAGUACCAGAGUCCGGAGAACAAGGCGCUGCUGGAGAACAUCCGACAGGCCGUGCAGGGCAUCCACGUGUAGCCCCGCCCACAACAACACAAGCAAGCAAACAAACAAAGCAGGUUAUUUUUUUUUUUUUUAAUUUAUAGGUUUAUUUUGCUGCUGCCGUCACGUUCACGCUGUCACCACUUUUUAUUUAUGUAUUUAUUUAUUUUUAAUCGCCUCGCUUGUUUUGGAUCCAACAUCCGACUUUUGUACAUUUUCAUACGACCUGAUAUAAUGUGACAUACAGCUGCAAAUGUAUUUAUCUAUUGAUUGAAUGAUUGAUUGAUUCGUAGAUGGUCAACGUGAAGCGCAAUCAAAGCAAGAGGGGGAGAGUUCAAACACCAUCACACGGAAAUAUCCAAGUGAACUAGUGUAGGAGACAAUCUGCCACUGGUUGAUUGAUCUAUUGAUCGAUUGAUUGGUUCUUGAGCCGCCUGGACGAGCUGGUAGGACAGCAAUAUUGGCAUGAUUUAUUCAGAUGCAAUCUAUAUUAAUAAAAAAAAAAGUUUAGGUAUAUGCAAUUUCCUAUGAAUUCAACAACCAUUGAUCACUGAUGUUUUUACCAGUUUUGUAUCCACUUUUACUACAAACACACAGCGCCGCCUUUUUUCUUUUACUCCAUCUUUUGAUGUGUUGCGUAUGCGUGUCGAUGGGGGACGUGGGAGCUGGAGGCAGCUGGCUGGACUUACAGGGUCUCUCUCUCUCACACACACACACACACACACACACACACACACACACACACACACACACACACACACACACAUCGUUGUACAUUUGCACUCAUCGUCCACUCAGCAGACUUUUUCUUGACAUGCAUGCACUUUAUUGGGGCCCGUCUGAACACGCCAAGCAAAAAAAAAA